GGGAGCAUAGAGGUCGGGAGACAAUCUUCGUUCGUCAGGCUGGAAAGCAGGACUAAUUUACUCAGGUGCGGGGACAGGUGGUGUUAGGCCUAGUAGAGAAAACGAAUAUAUAUUCAACUAAAAGAUGAGCUAAAAUGUGAUGCCACAAUUCAUACAAGGCUUGUGGAGGUUGGAUACUGAGGCAGAGUUGGGGGGGGGGGAGAUGAAAUCUAUCAGCUAAGUCACCUAGAGUGUGAAAGUUUGUGAAGCUCAACAUUUGGAGUAAUAUUGUACUGUAUAGUCCAUUGCUGUGAAAGUAGAACAUUCAAGAAGGAUGAAGGAUUCAGACUUCUUGUCGAUGUUGGGGCAACUCUCUGAGGCAAUCAGCAAGAAAGGUGAAAAGUAUGUAGACCUGUUGAGGGUUCUGUACAGAGAUCUUGCAAAUGUUAAAUCAGAUUUGAAGAAAGCUAAGUGUGCAUUUGAUUUAUUUCAAUUGCUAAUAGCACCUGGCAUUUUGAAGCCAACAGACAUUUCAAUUUUGUUUGAAACAAUCGAACUAACUGGAUUGAAAUAUUUGAUAGAGAUAAUCCAGAGAUAUGAGACAUAUCCUGAUGAAGUGAAGAUCACUCGAUUUUCACCACAUCGUCAACAGGUUGUUGCUCUGGGAAAAGACUUUUCAGUUAAAGAUCUCCAGAAAGUUAGUCAGUUGUACGAAGGCAAUUUUUCUAGUCCAUGGAAACUGAUUCAACAUCUUGAAGAUACGUCUGUUUUAACCGAAAAUAGUAUGUCUUCAUUUCUUCAACGUUUGAAUGAGAAUAAAGUAAAGGAAUGUACAGGUUAGUAAUAAAUAUAGAAUAUCACAUUUAUCCAUGCCUUUUGGACAUGGCAUUAUAAGGUAGCUCUACUUUUGUAUUGAGGUAGUUCUUUAGUACUGUCGUUUACAAUAUGUAUUUCCAAUUUAAUUAUUAAAUUCAAUGAGAUUUACUGUAGUCGUCAUCAUGAACUGCAGUAAUGAGAAUAUGCCAUUUCAGA